AUGAAUGUUGUAGGUGGAAGCCAUAUGCCAACCCCGGACAGAAUCAACCUGCUGCUCGAUUUGGCCAUUGCAAUAUCACUUAUUAGAACCAGAAAUACAUUACAUGGCAACAGGUAUUCCUUGGACGCCUUCGUGGGCGAAAUUUACAAAGAGCUAAAAAAGUCCACGGCCCCACUACCAAAGAAAUCCUUAAUCGUAACGCUUAGCUUCACACCAAAGAAAACCCAGAUAGCUCUUCCAGCCUACGUAAUCCAGUCUCUCCAAGAAAUAAAGAUUAGUGUAGACGAUGUCUCUACUAUCCAUCAGUUUGACAUAGAAAAGGUGAAACCCCACUUGAAAUCCCUCACUCCUCUGUGCCUCGCUGGUUUAGUGAGAGUUUUUAACUACGUUGGAAAGCUUCUGUCCCAUAAACGUUUGUCCUCCAGUAGCCAUGGAAAGUAUGAUGCCAUUUUGCUGCACCGAAUAGAGAUCGCAAGGUGUAUUCUCAAGGUUUUCAAAAACCUUCCAAAGGAAUCCUUGUUGGAAGAUCAGUCAUGCAGAGAGUUGGAAUUAUCCCCCAUCCGGUUGGAACUCCAAGAACUUAUCCUAAAUCCGUUCAGAGGAAAUCGCGACCUCUCCAAAGUUACAACCAAGAAGCUCCAAUAUUCCAUUAACUUGUACGCAGUAAUUAUGGAGAGACUACUCUUGGAUGAGCGACAAAACGAAGAGAUCCUCACCAAGGAAGUUUGCGAGAUCAGUACCAGGCUUGAAAUGUUACUCCACACAGAGAUCGAAAAGACAAGUGAUGUACAGGCUCCUUUUUUGCACAAUACUUACGCCAAGAACGUGUUUUACUCCACUUUUGAACAACGUGCAAGAUCGUUAAGAAACGAGCGACUGAAAUUUGUGAAUAUGAACUUUGAAUAUGAUGUGUCGAUGCUGAAAGGUGCUAGUACUGCUUGUUCCACUAAGAUCCCCUCAGAGAUGGGAUAUUCGGUUAUCUAUUACCAUUUACAUUUACUACUAGCCAUGAUGAAGAUCUACAGGAGGUGCGUUUAUCCGGUCAAUUGUCGAUUGAAUCCAAAGGCGAGCUCUGCAAACGCCAGAAGAAUCAAAAUGUCAAGAAUGAAUAUGCUAAGCGUGCUAAUUGUGUAUGCGAACGAGGAGUUACUUGAAGUUUACCAGAAAAUUGACUGGGGCGAUGUAUGA